UCGGGUAUUUACGGAGACCAGCCCGGGAAUUCGGGCAUUUCCGGUGAGGGAAACGAUCUGUGUUUCGUGAGUUUCUGGUAAAAAAUCAGCUACUUCCGGCAGGGCUCGGCGGGCCGCGGAGCUACCACGGAGGCCGGGGACUUUCAAGCAGUCAGGAGAUGGCGACUAACGGAACCGAUGCUCGACCACUUUUUGGGGGCUCGUUCUCCAUUGUUCUCCCCCCUCAUUUCACAGAUGUCAGUGAUAUCCGGGAUGUCCCGGACAACCAGGAGGUGUUUGUGCACAACAGUACGGACCAGAGCAUCAUCAUCGAGUUACUGGAGUACCAGAGUCAGGUUGCUGACGAGGAGGCAGCCAGGUACCACUUUGAUGAUGUCACCACCAUCAAUGAUGCGUCGGGCAAGGAAGGCACAGAGAUCCUGAGCAUCGAGCCUGUCGGCAGAGACCAGCUUGCAAUGCAGGAGUUGAGCAGCGCCUGGUUUCUCUCUGGGAGACAGCAAGUGGCCAAGUUCAAUGAGCAGGCCAAGAACACUGUGAACGUACACCUGGCACUCUUCAGACUCCCUCAGUAUACCACCGACAUCCUCAUCACUUUUAACGACCCAACAUCCAUCAGCCCCUUUAGCAGCAGCAGCAGACAAGCAGACCUGGCACUACUGGAGGAUUUGUCGGCCAGUCCUGCUGCCCAGUGCUGGACCCUGGAGCAAUUCCGAGCCACUGUCAACUCCCUCCGGCUGCUGAGCCCAGACAUCUUCUCCUGAUCAUUGGCGCCCACGAUUGAGCAAGGCAGAAAGUGUGGGAGAGCGAGUGGCUCACUGGGACGAACCUCCUCUGCAGGAAAAUGCAUGUUCCUUUUCUGAAAGUGACCCGAUUCCACGGAUGUAAAAGGACAGGGGAGGCCAUUCAGCCCCUUGGGGCUGACCACUGUUCAGUGACGUGGCUGAUCUUUAGUCCCACUCCAUACACAGCUCCGCCUCCCUGGGUUAGCAGUAAAAAUGGACCAAUCGCAGAUUCAGAAUUAACUUUCUACCAAUCGUCCUUUGCAGGUUUUGAACUCUUCCACCCUCUGCAAGCUGAAGUGGGGUCUGGAUGGAUUAGGAGAAAGAGAAUGAAGAGAAAUAGGGAAAAGGACAGAGGGUGAGCAGUUACCAGGAGUUUGAGAAUUUGUGUCAUCAGGUUGAAGACCGCCUUCUGUCGUAGUAACUGUUGCCGGCAAUAAUAAAAUAACUGGGCCCAGAACGCACAAGUUCUUAUGACUCAACAACACUUUACUUGUGCACAAGGAGAUCAACAUGGCUCCUGUCCCCACACUUCUGAAUUCUGAAAGGAAAACUGUUACUUUUUAUAGAAUUGACUCAUAAGUUAUGAAUAUUGAUCAUUGUAAAUUGUAUAUGAUCAAACGCCAUUCACAACCGAAACUUUGAGCAGUCAGCUGAUGAAUUUUUGAAGUUCGUAAAGACAACAGAGCCUUAGUUGCUCGGUAUGUUUCACAUUUCUUUUAUCUCAUCUGUCUCCGGUACUCCCCUUGUGUAAAGGGACACUAUGUUUUAGGAAGACUUUUCUGGAUAAGUCUCACUACAGAGGCUUUGCUCGUUUGGCUGGAGUCCUGCCACAGUCUAUCUCAUCUGUAGUAAGCAGAGGUGUCCCUGGCCAUCUUACUUCAAAAGUCUUAUUUGACUAUAACUGCCCAGGCUACCUUAGUCUUACGGCAACUUCCACACUUUCAAAAUUUGCAUCUCACCCUGACUUUUUCCCUCCAUGGCCAGGUUGAGGUUAAAUGCAAAUUAGAGAUACAACACCUUAUAUUCCACCUGGGCAGUCUCCAACCUAGCAGUGUCAACAUCAAAUUUGCUCCCACUCUGUUUCUUUUCCCCAUUUCUGUUUUCUGUCCUGAUUCAUUCAGACCUCAUCAACCAUGUCUUUCAAAGUAAGUUUUAUUAUCAAAGUACAUAUAUGUCACCAUAUACAACCCUAAGUUUCAUUUUCUUGUGGGCAUAGUUAAUAAAUCUGUUGAAUAAUAACCGUAACAGAAUCAAAGAAAGACUGCACAACUAGGGCAUUCCGACCAUUUCAAAGACGGGACCAGUGAAGUUGUGCCCUUUUGUUCAAAAGCAUGAUGAUUGACGGGUAGUAGCUGUUCCUGAACCUGGUGGUACGAGUCUUGAAGCUUUUGCACAUUCUACCUGAUGACAGCAGUGAGAAGAGAACAUGGUGGUGGAGAUCCCUGAUGAUGGAUGUUCGUCCCUUUCCAUUUGCCCGUUACCCACAUAGUCCUCCAACUGGUUGUUCAACCUUCACCCAUCCCUUCAUUCCAUGCUCCACCCUCCUAAGAAAAUGCAUCAUUUCCACUAUCACCUCCCAGCUUCUGACAUUAUUUCUGCCCUUAACUGCCAAUGAUCUCAUUCAUCUGGAUCCACCAAUCACCUGCCAGCUCUUCUCCACCCUUUCCCGCUCACUUCUUUAUACUAUUCCCUUUAUCUUUCCAGUCCAGAUGAAGGGUCUCAGAUGAAACUUGUACAUUAGCAGUUCUUUCAAAAUAAAUUUAUUGAAGUACA